AUGAUUGGAAUGCAGAAUUUGGAGGGGGGCCAAUACACGGAACUGAUGGGCAGACUGAUCGUGGAAGCCGUAGAGUCAGCGGCACACCUGCCCUCUGGUGAAGAGAUUGCCAAGUCUAUCCGCAAAGCUGGAUGGAGAAUUUGGUAUGGGGCCCUUCACAAUGACAUCACAGUUCUGGUUUCCAAAGCCGAAGUGGGUAUUGGAAGAGCAGCCAAAGACUUUGUAGGACGUUUCAGGAUUCAGCAGGGAGGAAAGGAUUUGUACGUGACCCUUCUCAAGAGGGCUGAGCAUGCACCGCCUUUCUUGAAGAAUGUCAACUUCGGGAUUGGUAACUCAGACAAAGUGCUGCUGCAGACCUUCGGUCAGGGCUUGCGUUUCGUUCGGAACAUCUUUCAAAAGCAGAGCUUGCAGUUCAUGAGACAGCAGAUCGGGGAAGUGGCGAAAGCCGGCCUGUCGGAGAGUGUCAUGGCCCAGAAGUUGGAGCAGGCCUUGGUGAAGAACUGGGGCCGAGGCUGGAAUGUUGUGGUCUCGAAGACGGAGAUGGAGGUCGCAACCAGCAUCGCCGACAUCGUGGCUAAAUUCAAGGUGAACGACAUCUUCUUCACCAUCGUGCGCCAAAUGGUCUGA